AUGGAAGCAACAUAUGCCUUUGGAUUGUCUUAUGAAACCCACGCAGUUCUCUCAAUUUUCCUUCACUUAGCCGGCGUCCUUUUUUGGGAUUUUCGUUUGGCAUCUUUUCCCGAAAAAUCCAAUUCGGUACAUCACACAAUUGCCGAUCGAAAAAGUGUCACUCACCAUCGAGCCGUUACCCGGGGAAUUCCAAGGAAAAGGCGACAAAUCGACGAGAUUCCU